GAAUCUAGCACACUGACUGUGUGUUCAGAGUUGCAGUACACAUUGGAUUGUUUUUAAUUCCUGUUGCUGAGAGAGAAACAACUGGUGCAGUAAAAGCAAGAUUCCUGAUUGCAAAGCACUAGGCAAGUAUACCCUUUGAAACUGAAAACUCAGAAGAAGAACUGGAGACUGGCACUGAACAGGGUAAUUCUGCAGUGGUAAUUUGUUAAGAAGGAGAAACUUUGGGGGAGAUAAAGCAUGGCAGGGGCAAAAAGGAGAAAGAAAAGUGCAGUGUGGAGGAAGAUCCAUGCUCUUCGCUGUGAAGAUAUCAAACUGUGGUGUGUAAGAAGGCUGCCUAUUUUGAAGUGGGCACCCAGCUACAAUGUGAAGGAAAACUUGAUUCCUGAUACAGUCUCUGGGAUGAUGCUGGCAAUUCAACAGGUACCUCAAGGGCUGGCCUUUGCUGUUCUGUCUUCAGUCCAUCCAGUGUUUGGUUUAUAUGGCUCUCUCUUUCCUGUCGUCAUUUAUGCUGUGUUUGGAAUGGGACGCCAUGUUGCAACGGGAACUUUUGCUUUAACUUCCUUGAUAUCUGCCAAUGCAGUUGAACGUCUUGUUUCUCCAGCAAUCAACAAUUUCACUACAAGCAAUAAUUCGGGAGUCUUAGGUUUAUCGGAGUUUGAAAUGCAGAGGAUUGGAGUUGCUGCAGCGGUUUCAUUUUUAGGAGGAAUUAUUCAAGUAGCAAUGUUUGUGCUGCACUUGGGCAGCGCCACGUUCUUGUUGACGGAACCGGUGAUAAGCGCAAUGACAACAGGAGCAGCUACGCAUGUUGUGACUUCACAAGUCAAGUAUCUGCUGGGAAUGAAAAUGCCAUAUAUAUCUGGGCCCCUGGGAUUCUUUUAUAUUUAUGCCUACAUAUUUGAAAACAUCAACUCAGUUCAAUUAGAAGCUUUGCUUCUGUCCUUGGUAAGCCUGGUGGUGCUCGUUCUUGUUAAAGAACUGAAUGAAAAAUUUAAAAGAAAAAUUAAAGUCGUUCUUCCCAUCGAUUUAAUUCUGAUCAUUGCUACAUCCAUUGGCUGCUACUGUGCUGAUAUGGAAUACACGUAUGGCCUAGAAGUUGUGGGACAUAUUCCAGAAGGGAUACCAGCACCGAAAGCCCCAUCCCUGAACAUCCUCUCUGAAGUAGUUACUGAAGCUUUUGGAGUAGCGUUAGUUGGUUAUGUAGCAUCACUAGCCCUGGCUCAAGGCUCUGCUAAACAGUUCAAAUACUCUGUGGAUGAUAACCAGGAGCUUUUGGCUCAUGGCCUCAGCAAUGUGAUUCCUUCAUUUUUCUUUUGCAUACCAAGCGCUGCAGCGAUGGGACGUACUGCACUUUUAUAUAGCACCGGAGCAAAAACACAGGUGGCUUGCCUUAUAUCUUGUAUUUUGAUACUUGUGGUGAUCUAUGCAAUAGGACCGAUGCUAUACUGGCUGCCCAUGUGUGUUCUAGCAAGUAUCAUUGUUGUGGGUCUAAAGGGAAUGCUAAUGCAGUUCCGUGAUUUAAAAAAAUAUUGGAAUGUGGAUAAAAUAGAUUGGAGCAUAUGGGUUAGUACCUAUGUAUUUACAGUAUGCUUUGCUGCUAACGUGGGACUAUUGUAUGGAGUUGUCUGCACUAUAGUUAUAGUGAUUUUCCGCUUCCAAAGAGCAAAGACACUGAGUUUGAAAAAUAUGAAAGAAGUGGAAUGUAAAUUCAAAACAGAAGCUGAUCAUGAAUCUUUACAACAGGUAAAGAUAGUUUCAGUGAACAACCCACUAGUAUUUCUGAAUGCCAAGAAGUUCCAUCAUGACCUAAUAAGGAUAAUCCAGAAGGAUAGUGCAAGCACCCAGCCACAUGAUGAUCUAAACAAGUGUGAACAGAACACGUUGCUCAAUCCAGUAUCCAAUGGAAAUUGUCAUGGUGAGCUGUCAUUACAGCCAUGCCCCAACGAGAGAUGUGCUUUAAUAUUAGACUGCAGUGGACUGACUUUCUUUGACUAUACCGGAGUCUCUGUGCUUCUUCAGAUUUACAUGGAUUUUAAAAACAGAAGUAUCGAUGUGUUACUAGCACAUUGUAAAGCGUCCUUGGUAAAAGCAAUGCAGUACAGUGGAAAUCUAGGAUCUGAAAAUCCUAUCUUCUUUGAAUCUGUUUCCUCUGCAAUUGGUGCCAUUCAUUUAAACAGGAAUUUCAGCAAACUCAGUGAUCACAGUGAAGUGUGAAGUCUACAUGACGCAGGCUGGCUAUUUUGAUCUGCUAACAUACAGAAUGAACUACGGCAUUGCUUUUCCUUACAUCUUUUUUCAUGAGAUCACGUAGGUAGUAUUUUGUAUGCCAAAUAUGUUUAAUAGACAUCAGUGCUGCCAAAGAUUUCUCUUCAGCUACCGCUGCUGAGAGAGUGUUCAUACAAUGGAUUGUUCUAUUGUGGAUAUAUAUAUAUAGUAUUUUUGUACACGUUUAGAUACAAAAUAUUAGAAAGCAGACAUGGGAUAUCAACAUUUUAUUACAGUGAUUUAUAUUGUUUUAGCUCAUUCUAUAGUAACUUAAUUUGUAACACACAACUAUAGUUUUGUGCAUGGAAGAGUAAGACAUUAUGAACUUUUGCAAAUGAUCUGUAGUGACUGGUGCAGUAUAUGCAGCAUACCAUAUACAAAACCCAAAUUUGUUUCGAAUAUCUGCUUUAAUCCUUUUCUUCUUAAAACCAAACACAUGCAAUAGCAACAUCAUAUUGUAUAACCCUGUGCACUUAACCCAGUCCUGCAUUUCUUGCACACUUAAUCCUUGUAUACUAUUUAAUGCCCAAUGGGAGUUUUGGGUGUGCAAAGAAUAUACUGGCUUAGUACAUGUUAUCAUGUCUCCCUCCAAAGACCGGUGCCAGUGACUAUUACAGCUUGCUGUUUUGUUAAACCAGAGGAGUUCGUUAGUUCAAGUGUAAGAAGAGGCUUUUACUUUUGGUUCUAAAGGUCCCAGGUUUGAUCCUCACUGAUGCGUGUGGAGUCUGCAUACGUAUGUGACUCUGGCUCAAAACACAAUCUCAGGCCCAAGAAUAUUAUGGGCCACACUCUCAAUUUGUAUAAAUCCACAUAGCUCCAUUGACUUUAAUGGAACUGCACAAAUUUACACCACUUGAGGAUCUAGCCAAAACAUCAUAGCAUGGAACAGAUUUUCAAAAAUAGGCCUAAAAUUGCACAUGCAGGACAUAUAUUUUAGUGGGCAAAUGAGCAAUUAUCCACUAUGCAGGUGGGAUAAUGAUGUGUUCAGCUGCCCAGUUGCACAUGUAAAGGUGGGUCUUGUACAUAGAAGCAGAUGCAUGAACAUUUUUGGGACAGCAAUUUGAAAGUUUGGCUUUGUAAAUUCUGGGUCAGAUUUACCAGAGUAAAUCAGUGUGUGCUGGAGUGGGGCAGUGUACAGCGUAAUCUGUCCCUCUGUAAAAUUGAGAAAUUGGCCUAAUUUAUUAUUAACCUUCUGAUUAAAAAAUGAAGUGAUUACUAGAGUGCACUGAUAGCUAUGUGUUAUCUAGUUCCUUCUUUCUAAAGGUAAAUGUUAGUGUCAUUAAAUUAAGUCCCCAAAGCAUUGCAAAAUAAGGCAAGAUGACUCUUUGUAGCUAGUCUGAGGUACCUUCAAUGCUUUAUUUACACUUUACUGAUUUGCUGUUUAGUCAGAAGUACUGAAGUCUCUCCCAAGAGAUUAUUGGUUCCAUAUCACAGAGACAGCACCCACUAUUUAAUUUUCAGGUAGUUCAUUUAUAUUGUAAUGUGCUGGAUAGUGUGUAUGUAUACGAUUGCUCCUUUACUGGAUGGAAUCACAGCUGCUCCACUGUUUGUUAUUGGUGCUAACCUGUUAACCGUUAAAGGAAAUUCUCUUUUAGUUCAAGUGCUACUGCUUGUUAGGAUCUGUCCUUCUGGACCAGAAUCAUCUGAGUUCUCUCUCCAUGUUCCAAAUGGCUAUGAUACGCAGCAUAGUGACAACCAGGGGAAGCGGGGAAGGAGAAGGGAAGAAGAGGGCAACAGGUAUGGAUGGUCACAGGACCUCAAGGGGUAGACAUCUCAUGUCGAGGGAAAGGUAGCCCCAUUGGGGGACUAGUCACUCAAACCUCAGAAGAGGCACACGAAAAGGUUUAUGAACCUGUCAGAGAACUAGGUUUGAGAUUUGUGCUGGCUCUGAGUUUCAUCACAAAAGGUUUGAGAUUUUAACAUAAUUUUUCAUCAAAUUUUUAAAAUUUACUUUAAAAACGGGGAAAACGACAACAUUUUUGCCAGAAUGGUUUCUUGUUUCAAUCAGCCCAAAGUUGCUCUACUAGUUUGAGGUCUGACUUGAGUUUCAUUAAAAUUUGCAAUAUGUUAUAGAUUGUUGUAAGCAGCUGUGACAGUCAAGACCAUAACACACAAGUCACAUUACAACUGAAAACAAUGUGCAAUACAGAAUAAGAUUAUUCCAAAAACAUUUACAACAUACAGUGCUGCUAUGUAUUUAUGUAUCUGUGAUACACACAGAAUGAAAGACAAAUGUGCUUAUGUAAAAGGGUCCAAGAAACCACAGUUCAAAUAUGUAUCUUGAAAUAUGUUGGAUAAUGCUGUUUACGGUUAUAGGUAUCGUGUGGUAUUUGUUGAUCUGUGAAACAACUGCAGUAAAAUGUGAGGGUCCAGUAAGUUAUAUAGCCCAGCAUGAGCCUACUUAAAAAACAGAAAGCAAGAGGAAAUGGGAGAGCAUAUAUUCCCCACAACACUCUCCCAGCCUCACUCUGAGCUGUGGAUUCCUUCCCCCACCGACUUAAAGGGAUAGGGAGGGUGAAAGGAAAGUGAGCAGGACACAUGACUUCUAAGAGUCAUUUUGGCAAAGCAGAGAGAAUGGUAGUGUCAGGCUGCCCUGUUCAGAUGGAAGGAAACAGGCAAGAUCAAAGUCCAGGCAGCCAGUUCCUGGCAGCAGAGUCUGGCUAGACUUUCCCUGCUACACCAAUCCCAACCAGUUAUCUCCAGCAGAUGUGUGUAUUGCAGGAGGCUAGGGAAUAUCACUGGUUCUUGACCCUCUGCAUGUCUAUGCCAUGGAUGGCUUUUCCCUCAUGUUUGUUCUGUCCCUUCACCUGAUUAAUAAAGAUUUUGGGGAAUGGAGGUGUAUAAUUCUGUAUUUCACAGGAUGUAGGAGAAUCCUAGAGUUGUUUCCCUCACUGCCUUGCAGAUGCUCAGAAGUUUCUUAGUCAGACUUUGUUAUGGUUGCAUUUAUAAAUGGUUUGUAAAGGGUUGAUUAAUAAAUGUUAAAAGCAUGUUACAGGCAUGGAUAGUAUGCUCUACAGGUAGUUGUAAGAUCAGUGUUCUAGAUGGUUGCAAGCAACAUGUUGCCUUGUUGAACUCUAUAACAGUCUGUAACAAUUGAUUAAUCAUUUGCUAAAACAGCUAUUAAUAAUUUAUUAACCCUUUGUAAACUAUUAUUAAAUGUACCCUUAAUUGUGGAAGCACCACUUGAAGUUCUAUAGUUAAGUUUUGCACAUAAGCAAGAGGUUGAUCCCCUUCUUUAUCUAUGAAAGAUGCAGCAUCUCCUCCCCAAAACUACAGCAUUUACUCUACUACAGAGUGCAUUUUCUGAUAACUUUAAAAUAAAUCGAUUAAUGAGUUUAACUUAGAAGAUAAUUAAAAAAGAGGGUUAUUUAAGAAAUUCAGCACUCGGCAUCAGAACAUUUUUUGUGUUGAAGUACCUUAAUAAUGGAACAAAAAAUGUGCCUCAAACUUCCCUUAUUGUUAAAACUCACUGAAAUUUUCUGCAUAAGCUUCAUUUGAAAACAUUUGGUAGGAUUAAUGGUCAUUUCUCCUUGUUAUUCUUCAUAACUAAAAGAUCCUCUUACAACAGGUGCUAAUGAAUAACAUUCUACUACAGAGAAUUCAACACAGAACUACCCUCUUUCAAAAUAGUUUCCAUUUCAUUAUUUUCAGUGAGACUAAGGUAAUGCCUUAGUGUAUGCAGUCUUGUUGUAGCUGUGUUGGUCCCAGGAUAUUAGAGAGACAAUGUGAGUGAGGUAAUUCCUUUAUUGGACCAACUUCUGUUGGUGAAAGAAAAGCUUUUGAGCUACACAGAGCUCUUCUUCAAGUCUGGGAAAGAUACCCAGAGGGUAUGUCACUGUAGUUAGACACCUGCAGCUGGCCCAUACCAGAUGAUUUGGGCUCGUGGGGCUUGGGCUAAGGGGCUGUUAAUUGCAGUGUAGACGUUUGGGCUUGGGCUGCAACCCAUGCUCUGGGAUCCUUAACCCAAGCUCACAACCCUGAGUCAGCUGGCAUGGGCCAGCCGCAGGGUUUUAAUUGCUGUGUAGACAUGCCCAGAGUGUCAGAGCUAAAUACAAGAUUGAACAGAUAGCUUAACAUAAGUGAUUUGCACAUAUUUUAAGGGACCAUUCAAGGUAAAGUGGCCCAUUAGCACCCCUGUAGUCAUAGGAUAUAAAGGGGAUUAGUGGGUUACACAUUGUUGUAAUAAGCCAUAAAUCCAGUGCCUUUAUUA